CCAGGUGGUGGCGGUAUGGAGCACAUUUCCCGCUAUGCAGCGGAGCUGUGUUUACGUGGAUGACGUCAUAGAGCAGAGCUGUGCAGCAUCGAGAUAUUCCAGACAGUGAAAUCGCUUCUUUGGAGCCGAAGGAAGAUGUUUGAAAACUUUCGGGAACGGCUGCAUGUGGUGCAGCAGGACCUGUCCUCAGGCUUCAAGACUCUGGGAGAUGUAUCAAGAGACGGCAAAACGAGGAGAAGGUUUGAAGAACGUCAUCCUCAUCUAAGAGCUGGAGUGGAGAUCUUAAGCAGGUACGAGGACAGCUGGUUUCUGCUGCAUAAACGGAGCCAGGAAAGUGCUCAAGCUGCUGAGGCCGUCGACGGAGACGUGGUGGUGCUCUCUGCUCACUGGGAGAAACGAAGAGCCGCUCUGAUCCAGCUGCAGGAACAGCUGCACAGCUUGCCAGACUUUGUCAGGGAGUUUGAUGCCAUCACUGCUAAAAUAGCUCAUUUGGAAGGAGACUUUGAGGAGAUGGAGAGCAGACUGGUGUACCUGGAGACCUUGUGUUGUCAGUGUGACCAGCAGACUGUCAAAAACCAGCAUAUGAACCAACUGGAAAUCUACAAGAAAAAGAAAAGGAAGGAGGUGGAGUUACUUGAAGUGGACCUGAACUUGGAGCAUGCUCAGAGGGUGGCAGAACUGGAGCGGGCCAUGCAGCAGAAACUCAGAGAACGACAGAAGGUCUAUGAAGAGGCCUUCAACCAAGACAUUGAAGAAUAUUUAUCCACUGGACACCUCCAGCAUGCCGACCCGGCAGGAGCAGAUGCAUGUGUUCUGGAUCAGAUGACUGUAACUAACGUAUCGGACCAGGAGGCCCUGGACGACUUUCUCAAUUCCACCAGUGACACCAGUGCUGGGACAUCACUGACCUCUGGUCCAGACCUGAGAUCCAGUUGUUCUGAAUCGCUGAACCAGGACUCCCCCACAAGCCGUGACCAAUCCAAGGAAGCUGUGUGGGAACAAGAAGAAGUGACCAGUGAGGAGAGCGAUGCACAGCUGGUGCAGUCAGACGAGGAGGACGUUCAACUGGACACGUCACUCAUUGGUCUGAGAGACGUCUGUGCAGCCGGAGGCUCUGAGGACAGCGACUCAGCUGAGGCCCCACCCCCCCACAGUCAACACUGACCUGCUGUCCUGGAACAUUUCUAGGAGAUCAGCUCUGUGUUGUUUCUGUGAUGGUCCAGAAGGAGAAGCACAUGAGCCUGUCCUUCAUUGUGUCCAAUGACUGACUGGAACGCUGGGUUACUGGACAUUAAAUAUCAAAGUCAAUAAACAUCUGUCUCCCAACUGUAAUAAAUUACAGAUUACUUAUU